AUGCUCGGAGCGCACCAGGCCGUUGUGCAAUCUGUUCCAGCGAAGCCGCCGGCGCCAUUCAAUGCUCGCAUUCGACGGUUUGAAUGCCAGAUCAGUACAACCACGUGCCGCCCGUCACAGUUUGCGAGGACGCGCCACGCGUCAACCUCCACCCUUCCUUCCACCUCUAUUAAAACUACCAGUGCUAUCUGCAGCAGCGCGCCGCUUGCUCUCACCUCCGCGUUUACCACAAGCGAUCAGUCCACGCAGCUCCGCAAACGCGCGUACGAUCAACAGACGGCUUUCUCGCACAACGCGUGGUCGGGCCGCGGAGCGGGCUCGGUGUCCCUUCGCCAGCCCCGCGCGUUUCUCGGGAUCUUCAGUCCCGUGGUCGCCGCAAUCGUCGCCGCGUUUGCCGCUGUGUUCGUGGUCGGAGCCGUACUGAAAGCGGUCGUCGCGAUUACCUUCGCCAUGGUCGCAGUUUCCGUUAUCCUCCCUAUCGCAUUCUUCGUUUUGCUGUUCGCGCUCCCGCUCUUCAUCCCCGCGCUACAGCUCGGAAUAGCAGCCGCGGUCGGGACCGCAGGGGCAGCUUUCGCCCUCGUCGCGACUAUAUUAGGAGCGGCGUGGUCGCUUGGGCUUCUCAAUCGCGGAUCCAAUUCCCGCAACAGCGGUGAAGCCAGACGCGGUGGAAGACGGGGGAAGAGAGGGAAGCGCAGCAGUGAUUUUGAAAGCGAGAUGAUGGAUUACCUGGAUUUGAGCCCUAAGGAGCGGGAGAAAAUGAAGAAGGCGUUGAAUCAGCUUGGAAAGGGGAGUGGCAGUGGGACAGGGGUGUGGCUGGAGGAGGAGGAGCGGAAGCGGAUGAAGAAGUUUGAUGAGAAGCUGGUCGAGAAGAGUGUGCGGAAGAUGGGAGAUCCAUCUUCUUGGUCAAUAGACCAGGUGGCUUCCUGGCUUGAGCUGCAAGGUUUUGGUGCAUAUGCAGACACCUUCAAGGAACAACGCGUCUGUGGUGGGGUUCUGCUCAACCUGACGACGUCCGAGUUACGGGACGAUUUGGGCGUGAAGAGCCUUGGCGGCCAUCCUGCCGUGUACAUUGUCCGCCUGCGUUCCGCGCCCGCCAUCCCCGCAUACGUUGGCGGAAUCCCCGGUUUCCCCGCCACCGCCUCCCCUGCGGUUGUCGCGGAAGCAGCAGCGGUAGCCGCAGCGAGGGGGAAGGGAAAACGCGCAAUAACCCACGGGAUAACGAGCGCAGCCGACGCGGACGAGAAUGACGAGUUGGACGAUGAUGACUAUAACGAGGACGACGGGGAUAGUGACGGAUAUGAUGAUGAUGAUAAUACCGAGACGGAUGUUCCCUCAAUGGCGGGUAUCCGCGUUAGUGUCAAGCCGCGGAGUAGCAGCGGCAGCGGGGGGUGGGAGGGAAAUCCGCGGGGACCCGUGCCGGCGACGCGCGGAGUGCGCGUGAACGUGCAGACGGCGCACGUGAAGGCGUUUGCGCGCAUGCUGGUGCGACAGCAGCAGCAGGUGGUGGCGGAGACCCGCUUGAGCGAGCGCAACAUGCUCUACAGUUACAAGUUCGCAGCCAAUGGCUUCGCAGCGCGUCUCACUCACGCGGACGUUAGGAGAUUAAAGCGCCACGCUAUGGUCGCUGACGUCACCCGGAGUUACGGCGUCCGCUCUGCCACCACCUACACGCCGAGAUUUUUGCAGCUGCCCGGAUCCAUGUGGGCCGCUAGCGGCGGGGGGAGCCGGGCAGGUGAAGGAGUGGUGAUCGGCGUGGUGGACACGGGAAUAUGGCCCGAGCACCCUUCGUUCCGAGUAGCUAACUCCUCGCACGUGUACCCGCGCCCGCCGCGCCGGUGGGCGGGCAAGUGCGUGCGCACGCGCGACUUCCCCGCGUCGCGGUGCACGCGCAAGCUGGUGGGCGCGCGCUUCUUCUCGCGCGCGUACGAGGCGCAGGGCGGCGUGGUCGACACGCAGUACGACUACCGCUCGCCGCGCGACGCGGACGGGCACGGCACGUGGUGUGCGGGAACAGCAGCAGGCACGGGCGGCACGCCCGUACUCACAUCCGAGCGGCCCCCCGUCCGCUCCCUCGGUAUUGCCAGCGGCAUGGCUCCCGGCGCGCACCUGGCCGUCUACAAAGUCCUCUGGACCAACGCCACUCUCGCCGGCUACGGCGAGCUGGCAGACGUGCAUUACGCCAUCGACCGCGCGAUUAAAGACGGGGUGGACGUGCUCUCGCUCUCGCUCGGUGGUUUGGGUCCGGACCAGCAUUAUUUUGAUGAUUUGCUGUAUUUGUUGGCGAAUCAGGCGGGCAUGGUGGUGGUUACGGCGGCGGGGAACCAAGGCCCGGCGCCGAACCUGGGGCUGUGGAACAGGUUCGGGAUCUACCGGACGAUUAGCAACUUCUCGCCGUUCUACCUGACUGUUGGGGCAAGCUCCAUAGGCCGCCGGUUCCUCACGGAACUAAAGCUGGGCAGUGGCAGGGUGGUGUACGCCUCUGGAGUGGGCUCGGGCACGUAUGCCACGCGCCACCUGCCGCUGCUCUCUGCUGUCGACGCUGCUGGCCCCGACAGCUCUCUGGAAGGGGACAAGCUGCGCGCAGUGGCAGCAGCCGGAGGAGUAGCCAUGAUCCUCGCAAACGAGGACGGCGGCUUAACCGACCUCAACACUCUCUCAGCCACUGCCGGCUCUCCCAUCCCGUUCGUCCACAUCACUCUCGCGCAGGCUCGGAUCGUCCGAGCCUACAUCCAGAGCACGCCCAAGCCUACUGCGACCAUCAUGGCCCGGUGCCACGUUUUGGAAAACGCCGCACCGCCCACGAUUGGCUCGUUCUCCUCCACAGGACCCACAGUAAACCCUAGUUUCGCCGCGACCGCGCCUUACCCCACAAAUGACAUCUUAAAGCCCGAUGUGGUUGCGCCUGGGGUGGAUAUUUGGGCUGCGUGGACCGGGCAACCGCGCAGCCCCAUUUCGCCCAUGGCUGUUGUGAGGCCGAGGCGGGAGGAGGUGAGGGGUGGAGGUGCUGAUGCCCUGGGCAAAGUUGCCACGCCUUGGGACAUGGGGCAAGGCCAUAUCUACCCCCCCUCCAUCCUCAACCCAGGACUGACAUUCAACGCUGGGAUCUACAGCUACCUUAAUUUCCUUGCAGGGCAAAGCAUGGCCCGGACGAGGCGACUCUGGCCCAAGUGGAAACUUCAGCCGCGAAAAGCAUACAGGCUCAACCGUCCGUCAAUCUCCAUCGGACGGCUGAGAGGCUCUGUGGUGGUGAAGCGUUCGGUGACAAGCGUGUCCAAGCAGACGUGCACAUACGAGGCGAAAAUAGCAAUGUUUCCGGGUAAUGUGAAGGUUGUAGUGAAGCCGAUGAAGUUCACGAUAAAGCCCGGGGAAAUGGUGACAUAUAGCGUUAACCUGACAGUGCUCAAGCCGUCUCCAACAGGAGUUUUUUCAUACGGAAGCGUGGUAUGGAUGGAUGAGAGAGGGCAUGUGGUGCGGUCGAUCCUCGCUGUACAGCCUGUGGCAUUGAGAUAA